AUAUAAAAAAGAAAAAUGAUUGAAAAUGGUGCUUCGGAUUGGUCGUUUAUUGGAGGCGAUCACAGGCCAUAAAAGGGAUCGUGAAUCCAACAAAAGCUUCUCCCCUUACAUAUGUCGAAUUCUCUCCUCGGCGAGGAAAAAGUUCUCUCUCGGUUUUUCUGGACUUGGGUUUUCCUCAAUUUCUCGAUUUUUGUCGGCUCCAUCCAAUCCCACUUGUGAUUCGCCGACGAUGACGAUCCCUGAUUCCGGAUUCAUGACGGACAAUGGAGACUGCGAUUUGCCGCGCACUCCCGAGGAAGAGAGACGUAUCGUGACGGAGCUUGCGAGCGAAUCAGAUGUCAAUUUGAUGGAGGGAAACUUGUAUUUCGUGAUCUCCAACAGAUGGUACAGAAGCUGGCAAAGAUAUGUAGGCUUAUCAACUGAUGAAUGUCCAAGUGGAGAGCCUUCGGAGGUUACAAGGCCUGGACCAAUUGACAAUUUUGAUAUUGUUGAAAGUGGAAGCGAUACUAGUGAUCCACAGCUUCGUAGGAUGUUAGAGGAAGGGAUUGACUAUGUCCUAGUUCCUCAAGAAGUUUGGACAAAACUUGUAGAAUGGUAUAAAGGAGGUCCUCCGUUACCAAGGAAGAUGAUCUGCCAAGGGUUUUACAGUAAGAGUUAUAGCGUAGAAGUUUACCCACUCUGUCUUACAUUGACUGAUGGACGAGAUGGUAGUGACACUGUUAUAAGGUUGAGCAAGCAGGCUUUUGUAACUGACCUUUAUGCGAAGGUGUGUGCCCUUAAAGGGGUAGCACAAGAAAAGGCUCGAAUCUGGGAUUACUUCAAUAAGCAGAAAGGUGUACUCUUGGAACCGUCAUCUAAUAAGAGCUUGGAGGAGUCGAGCCUUCAAAUGGACCAACAUAUUCUUUUGGAAGUUGAUGAGCCCUCUUCUUCUCAAUAUAGUACAGGCGCAACGGGAAAUGAUUUAGCUCUGGUACCUCUAGAACCUUCAAGGUCAACUGUUACGAUUGCUGGGGGUCCUACCUUAUCCAAUAAUCACUCAAAUAGCUCAAACUUUAGUUUCUUUCGGAAAAGUUCAUCUGAAAAUGAUGUCUGUAGUCUUGGCAAAGGUGAGAGAGGGGGUCUAGCUGGACUUCAGAAUUUGGGAAAUACUUGCUUCAUGAAUAGCGCUCUUCAGUGUUUGGCCCAUACACCACCAAUCGUUGAAUAUUUCUUGCAAGAUUACAGUGAUGACCUAAAUACACAGAAUCCCUUGGGAAUGUGUGGUGAACUUGCUCUUGCAUUUGGAGAGUUGUUGAGGAAAUUGUGGUCAUCUGGACGGAAUGCAGUUGUACCACGCACUUUUAAGACAAAACUUGCUCGAUUUGCUCCACAGUUUAGUGGCUAUAAUCAGCAUGAUUCUCAAGAACUGCUUGCUUUCCUAUUGGAUGGCCUGCAUGAAGAUUUGAACAAGGUAAAACGAAAACCUUACAUUGAGGCUAAAGAUUCAGAUGGUCGUCCAGAUGAAGAAGUUGCGGAAGAGUGUUGGAACUAUCACAAGGCCCGAAAUGAUUCUGUUAUAGUUGAUGUCUGCCAAGGACAAUACAAGUCAACACUGGUUUGCCCAAACUGUGGAAAGAUUUCUAUCACCUUUGACCCAUUCAUGUACUUGUCACUGCCAUUACCAUCAACUCUUACUCGAUCAAUGACAGUGACAGUGUUUUAUGGUGAUGGAAGCCACCUGCCAAUGCCGUACACUGUAACAGUUCCUAAGCAUGGUUCUUGUAGAGAUCUCAAUGUUGCCUUAGGCACUGCAUGCUGCUUAAACAAUGACGAGAGCCUUCUGCUUGCUGAGGUCUAUGAUCACAAGAUCUUUAGAUAUUUUGAGAAUCCCUUAGAGUCAUUGAGCGUAAUAAAAGAUGAUGAGCAUAUUGUGGCAUAUCGGUUUAACCAGACACAGAAAGGGUUGGGAAAAGCCAAACUCGAAAUCCUUCACGGAAGGCAGGAAAGGUCUAUUUUGGAGAGCUCUAGAGGUGGAGACAUGAUGUUUUUUGGCACUCCUCUUGUCACUUAUAUCAAUGCAGAACCACUAAGUGGAACUGACAUUGAGGCAAUCGUCUCUAGAUUGCUUUCACCUUUACAGCGGGUUCAUACAUCAUCUAAAGUCAAUAACGGAAAAGAAAACGGCUAUCUUCCUGAAGCUGAUGAUGAAUUACCUGGAAGCUUCUCAUCUACAGAUACUGAGUUAGAGGAUGCAACUGAUGGAGAAUUAUCCUUCAGAUUAUUCUUGACGGACGAACGUGGUUUGAACGUCGAGCCACUUCAGUCUGAGUCUGUUGUGAAUCCGGGAAGUAUUACAAGGGUUUGGGUUGAGUGGAAUGAGAACGAGCAGGAAAAAUAUGACAGCUGCUACUUAAAUGACCUGCCAGAGGUCCACAAAACAAGUUUCUCCGCGAAGAAAACAAGACAAGAAGCUAUAUCUUUGUUUUCAUGCUUAGAAGCCUUUUUAGCAGAGGAACCUCUGGGACCAGAUGAUAUGUGGUAUUGCCCACAUUGCAAGGAGCAUAGACAAGCCAGCAAAAAGCUAGACUUGUGGAAGUUGCCAGAUAUUCUUGUGUUCCACCUGAAACGAUUCACGUAUAGCAGAUAUCUGAAGAAUAAGAUUGAUACAUUUGUCAAUUUCCCAAUUCACGAUCUAGACUUGAGGAAGUAUGUAAAAAACAAGGACGGUGAGGCAUACGUUUAUGAGCUGUAUGCUGUUAGCAAUCAUUACGGUGGCCUGGGCGGUGGUCAUUACACUGCAUAUGCUAAGUUGAUUGAUGACAACCAAUGGUACCAUUUCGAUGACGGCCAUGUUUCUCCCGUAAGUGAAUCUGAAAUCAAGACCUCGGCUGCAUACGUGUUGUUCUAUCAAAGGGUGAGAGAUGAAUCCCUGACUGGUCGGUCUGUCGAGACGUCGAGGAGCGCAGACUUGGAUUAGGUGGAAAAAGGCUUUAACUUCCACAACACGAGUUUGCUGCCCUGUUGAAGAUUCAUCAUCAGACUGAUAAUGGACUUGCACAAGUUCGAUGCUUUGUUGAAGAUUCAUUGGUCUCAGCUCACUGUCACAGGUGGGUGACCCUAUUCUUUCUUUGUUAAGACAGUCCUCUUGGUUAAAAAGAGAAAGUAUGAUAAUAGAGAGGGGGCUUCGGAUAGUGUAAAACCCGAAACUGUUAUAUGUGUGGUUUUGGGGUAAGACAGAAAAAGGGUAGGUAGGUUUAGCUUCUGAGAAUGUUUUACUUUCUGGGCUGUAAGUGAUAAGAACAGCAAGUGGUGGUUUAGAGAUGGGAGAAACACUUGUUGUUUUGGGAUGUGCAAUAUAUAAGAUACUACUAAGCAGUUGUUGUUAUGAGCAAAUGAUGCAUAAAGCUGCUGAAUUCUGAA